UCGAAUUUUAAAAAUAUAUAUAUAUAUUUUUUUGAAUCGCCGUGAUAAUAUAAAAUAUAAUACAAUAAAUUAUAAUAUCGGUAUUUACACGCGUAUAGGCGUGCAUGUGCGCGUAAUACAUAACACAGAGUAAAACACCGUUCGGGAGCGUUAUCUAUUUCUCCCUCCCCGACGCCGCCGCGUGUGCCACCGAUAGCCCUUGCGGCGUCCGCAUCCGACUCUGCCGCCGUAUGUACACUCGCGGACGCCGGUGCAGUUCGUGUACGCACCCGCUAUGAUCGUUAUGUGUAUCGCAUAAAUUGCACGUGCGAAUUUCGAUCGUCAGCCGCCGCGGUUGGUGGUCAAACGGAGACGGACAGUUAACGCACGGGGAACGGAUAUUAUAUUGUCAUAUAUUAUCGUACAAUAUCGUGCAACGGACAUCGGUCGUCCCCGCGGUAGUCGUGGUCGCCGCCGCCACCGCCGCUGCCGCUGCCGCCGUCGUCGUCGUCGUCGUCGUCUCCGCCACCGGAGCAAAGGAGCCGCCGACGUCUCGUCCGACGAGUACUCUAUGCUCGCUUAGGUCCGUGUGAUGGGUGCGCCGGAAGACCGCGGCCGCCAUGUUUGUCAGACGGCGGACGUUGUGCGCGGCACCACUCAGCGCGGUGCGGUACGGCGCCCGGUGCGGUGUGCGACGUGUGCGGCUCGGCAAUCGCGGUCGGCGACCGGCAGCGGCUGUGGCUGCUGCGACAGCUGAGGUGGCGGCGGCGUCGUUGAUAAGGCGCCGGUGGCGGCCAGCACCAUGGUGGUGUCGCCCGCAGGAUGAAGAAGCAAAACGUCCGCACAUUAUCGUUGAUCGUUUGUACGUUCACCUAUCUGCUCAUCGGCGCCGCCGUGUUCGACGCCCUGGAGUCCGAGACGGAGAUACGCCGGAAACAAGCGCUGGACUCCAUAGAAGGGAUAAUCCUCAACAAGUACAACAUAUCCACAGACGACUAUCGGUUGAUCGAGACGAUUGUGCUCAAGUCAGAACCGCACAAGGCCGGACAACAGUGGAAGUUCGCCGGAGCAUUUUACUUCGCUACAACGGUACUCACGACUAUUGGUUACGGGCACUCGACGCCGAACACGAAAUCCGGAAAGUUGUUCACCAUGUUCUACGCGAUGGUGGGCAUACCGCUGGGCCUAGUCAUGUUCCAGAGCAUCGGCGAGCAGCUGAACAAAUUCUCGUCAGUGGUGAUCAGACAGGCGAAGCGGGCGCUCGGCUGCAAGCGCACCGAAGCCACCGAGAUCAAUCUCAUAUUCGUCGUGUCCUUUUUGUCGAGCUUGACGAUCGCGGGCGGCGCGACGGCGUUCUCCUCGUACGAGGGCUGGACGUACUUUGACUCGGUCUACUAUUGUUUCGUCACGCUCACCACCAUCGGGUUCGGCGACAUGGUGGCCUUACAGAAGAAUAACACGCUGAACGACAAACUCGAGUACGUGGCUUUCACGUUGAUAUUCAUUCUGUUCGGGCUGGCCGUCGUGGCAGCGUCGCUCGACCUAUUGGUGCUCAGGUUUGUCACGAUGAACACCGAGGACGAGAGACGGGACGAGGCUGAGGCGUUACAAGCCGCCCAAGGAGCCGUCCGGCUGGAAGGGGACGUGAUCACCUCUCACGGGUCCGUGUCCAGCCUGCCGAUGGGCAGCGCGAUGACGGCGGGUGGAUCAGGUCGGGGCAGGGGGUCGUCCUCGCCGGCCGACAACGCGUCCGUGUGCACCUGCACGUGCACGCGGUCGAGGAGCCGGAACGACGGUUACCGUUCGGGUGAUUCGCCGCCGUACGCGUCGGGCUACGGAGUCGGGACCGGACGCGGCGUCGGCAGCGGCGGCGACCGGGACGACGGCGACGACGGGUGCAGCGGCGACGACGACGACGACGAGGACGACGACGGGACGUGCGAACCGCAGGACAUACAGCUUGACACGUUCUACGACGGUCGCGAGACGGCGUCGACGUCGGCCGAUCCGUAUAGGUGCCGGCAGCGCGUCGUCCAAACGCAACGGCAACAGCGACAGUAUCAGCAGCAGCAGCAACAACAACAACAACAACAACUGCAGCAGCUGCAGAACGAACACAGAUCAUCAAUUUGACGUAUGUUCGCCAGUGGCGGAGGCGGUGGCGGCGACUGCGACCGCGUCGGUUAUCCGUACACGCCGUUCGCAUAGCUGCCGUGCGCCGACCGUAUGUUAUUGUAUAGGUAUAUACCGCGUACCGACCGGUGAUACCGCGGUAACGGUAGCGUGUCCGUCCCGGUCGCGCCGGGAGACAUGACAUUCAACGCGAUCGAAAUACAUCAUACGAUUUAUUAUUAUCAUAAUAAUAAUACUUUUGUCGUUGUUGCCGUCGUGUGAUAUAAUUAAUAAAAUAUAUAAAUUAGGUUGAGCAGUAGUCGGUCGAUCUACAACGGCGUACGAUCGUACCACGAGACGUUCUCCUCCGGUGUCGUAUACGAUUUCGGACGAAAGAUGACAAACAGUCGGGACGCGAAUUUGUGCAGCAGCCACGUGGUCGAAAACUACGAUUGACGAGAAACGAAAAAACGACGUGAAAAUCGUAAUCGAACGAUCGAGGAAUACAAUCGAGGCACGGUGUACUGCUGCAAGUGAAGCACAAAGGGGCCAUGGCUGCGUCACACCGCAGCCGUGUAGAGCGAAACAAAUUUUAUUAGGAACAUUAAAAUAUUAUGAUGAUAUUAUAUUAAACAUUUAAAUCAAAUAUUAUUAAAGAAAAAAAAAACGUAAUUAUGUACAUACAAAUGAUAGAAAACGCGACUCAAUUCCGUAUCGACAAUUUAUGUUGUUGGUCCUUUUGAGUUAUUUUUUAAUAUUCUUUCUAAUUUUUUUUGUAUUUUUUUUUUUUUAUUUAUGUUAUACGAGUACCUAUACACGUUAGCGUA